AUGCCCCCGGCCGAACAGCCGCCGGAUCGUGAGGACAGUCCUCGCCAUGAGGUGGAAGUGCCGGACGCUAAUGCGCCCGGUGCUGACUUCCUUCCGGCGGAUGAGCACAGCGCCCGCUCUGCCAUCGACUGCGGCGAGGCCGAGUCGGCCAUGGGGCUGGCGCGCAAGAUCUGUGAACUAGGAAGUCAACACAUUGACGAGCGAACGACCUUUGCUAUUCCAGGUUAUCGUGCAAGUACCAGUGCGCCCGUCGCGCAGUCGGCUGUAGCUGGCCAACGGCUCCCCAUAUCCUCCAUCUUGGGCCAGCCACUACCCAUUGGGGAUUUGAUGUAUGAGCUGUUGGAGGAGUAUUUCGAUGCGAUCCAUUGGUUCUCGCUGGUGGUGUAUGAACCCAAAUUUCGCAGAAGACUGCGCUCCAUCGAAGAUGGCUCUGCCUAUCCAUCACAGAAGCCGUUUCUCUUGCUGCUGGCGGUCAUGCUCGGAAUGGCAGCUUGGUACCGAUCACAACGGAAUCGCGACACCGAAGACACCAGGGAUCAUUGGCGACAAUGGAGUGCCGAUCUAAUAAAGAUCGUCGAAGCAAACCUGGUAGAAUUGAUGGACCAGCCUUCAGUGACUGCCGUGCAGACCUGCAUCCUCCUCGGAUCCCACCACGUCUACCAUGGUCGACCAAACCUCUCCUUCGCCUUAUUAGGCGCCACAAUCAAAAUGUCCCAAGCACUGGGCAUGCAUCGGGAACCCGUCCAGGGCGAAUUCGGAGACAUUGAAGAAAGAAAGCGAGUGUGGUGGACGAUCUACACCUGGGACCGGUUUGCCUCCAUCACCUACGGUCGGCCGUUGGGAAUCAACGACAAGGACUGCAAUCUCAGCAUGCCCGCCGACAUACUAGAGAACCCAUCCUUUACCACACCAGGAUCCAGCGACAAUAACAUGAUCUGCUACUCCGCAUACCAGCGCGAGCUAAACCGUCUCUACCUGAUCGCCUCCCCAGCACUAGAAGCAGUAUUCGGUUCACGGACCUUUCGUACAUCGCAACAGCUGGCCGGAAACACAUAUGCUUCUCUAGUCAAACAUGCCACCCAGGAGCUGCAAAGAUGGCGAGUCUCUCUCCCAGCCCAUUUAGCAUUAGAUCUCGAGCGAGACUACCACCCGGACGGAGAACCCGGGUCGAGGGCACACGCGUUGCAGUCCCUCUCAUUGCAACUCACAUACGACAACGUCCUCAUCGUCCUCCAUCGACCACUACUCGCACGACAAGUCGACCAUCUCACCUCAACUACACGACCACCACACGGCAGCAGCGACGGCGGCUCACCCGCAUCCCAUCCAGCUGCAUCCUCCGGCCACUCCACCCCAGGUCUAUCAUUCGAAACCCCAUUCCCUACCGCACAAGCCGCCAGCUCAGAUCUAUGGAUGAACGCAGCCGUGCGCACAGCCCGCAUCACAGAAAUGCCCGUGCUAGCCCAGCUAGCAACAGACAGCCACCUCGUCGCCUUCCUAGCAAUCAACCUCUUCAACGCCGCCAUCGUGCUGGUCGUGAUGGCACUCUCCGAACCCCUCUCCGACACAGCACAGGUCGUCAAACGGACCAUCACACGCAUCCUCCGUUUACAAGACCUAAUCGGGACCCGAUCCGCGCUUUCAAAGCAGAGUACCACGGUUCUAAAGAACGUGGUUACAAUGCUCCUCCGUCGCGAGUCGGAGGUCAUAUUCGGACCUAUCACCGGAUACCCCCCGAGACUUGGACAUCAUGUCACGCAGGAUCCGACCAGCCUGGGCCGUAUGUCAGUUGAGGAUACGUUGCGACUACCCCUAGAUGGAACGAUGGGUCUGUCCGAUCCAGUACUGGGUAAUCAUAUCCGGCCUGAUCCUGGACGGGCUGUUCGGCUGAAUGAGAGUUUGACUACUGUUCACCAUGAUAGUCCAAUGCUAAUGCGAUUCCUGGUUAGUUCUACCACCUGGGAAUGA